UCAUAUGACAUAGAGCUCUUAUGAAUUCCGGUAGCAUUAUUUGUUUGUAAAGUGCUUCGAGGCCAAUUUAUUCCAACCAAAAUCCACCUCAGACAAGCAGUAUUCCCACAAAAAUGAGACUUUUACCGAAGGAGGCCGGCGCCUACAUCACCAAACACGCAAAAUGGCUGAAAAUCAACGAGACUGGCGUGGACAAAAUCGUCGACGAGGUGUUAAAAGGCAUUUUGGACAAGAGCAUUUGCAUCGACAGAUUUUCGCAGAACGGUUAUCAUCCGAAUCCGGCAAAGGAUGGUGCCCAAUUUGCGGUCAACUGGAUUUUUGUGUGUGAUACGUUGAAUUUUUGCUUCUGGACGCCCGAAGAUGCCGUCAAGUGGCGCGUUGAGAACGAAACGGGAUACUUUGCGUGCUGCACUGCGUUAAAUCGUGCCUUAAAGGAGGGCUUUGACAUCACAAACGCCAAAUAUUAUGCAGAGAUCACCGAAGAUGAUGUGCGAAAGAUUUUCCGUGGCGAUGACGGGGUCACAGAAAUUCCGUUGUUGCAGGAACGGGUCAAGUGUUUGCAUGAAGUGGGCAAAAUUUUGCUCGAAAAGUACGAUGGAACGUUCGUGAACUGCAUCAAGAAGGCCGGAAAGUCAGCAAAAGAGUUGCUCAACUUGAUUGUGAAGGAAUUUCCGUGUUUCCGUGACGAAGCCACCUACAAUGGUUUGAAAGUUGCCAUUUACAAACGUGCACAAAUUCUGGUUGGAGACAUUUGGGCAUGUUUCAAGGGCGAAGGUUAUGGUGAAUUGACUGACGUUAAUGACUCGAUCACCAUGUUCGCCGAUUAUCGCGUUCCACAAGUUUUGGUUUAUUUUGGUGCCUUAGAAUACAGUCGCACUCUCAUGGAUAUUUUGGACUCAAACAUUUUGAUUCCAAACGGUUCGGAGUACGAAGUGGAAAUUCGUGGUGCCUCGAUUCACAUCACAGAACUGAUCAAAGAACGUUUACUUGCUCGCAUUGCCAAAGAACAUCCAGAGUUGUCGACGAAAUUCGUCAAUUCCAUUCUCCUGGAUCACUUUUUGUGGGACUACAGACGUCAACACAACGCCGCCUUGGAAGAGCGCAACAUUCCAUUCCACAAGACAAUCAGCGUUUACUACUAAGACUGAACGACCACGAGACGGCGUCAAAGCGGGUUUUUGGAGCAGCAUACAUCACGUACCUUGGAAUCGAUAUUUUUCAAGAUUUUUGGGAAAUUUUUGUUCCUUAUUAUUUUUUUUUCUAGUUCUUCUACCUCAACGAUCCCUUUUCACUAAAAUAACUUUGUAUAUUUUGACGUCAAAAUAUUUAACAAGAAAAAGGUUAAAAUAAAGCAUUUUAACGAUAAUGAAAA